AUGAAGAUCGCUCGCCAGAACGCGACAGGUAAGCACAAGCCUUCACGAAUGAUUGAACUAGUCUCACCAUUCAGAAAACCUCCCCCAGCCAAGCUCAGAGUUGACAACUUGCAUUACGACCUGACCGAGGAGGACAUUUGGGACCUCUUCCAACGCAUUGCGCCUGUAAAGGAAGCCCGACUACGCUACGACCGCGCUGGCCGCUCCGAAGGGAUCGCUUUUGUCACAUAUGCCCAUGUCGCCGAUGCAAGAGCUGCCAUCCGCGAGUUCGAUGGUGCCAACGCAAAAGGACAACCAAUUCAUCUCACACUACUUCCGCUUCCCAGACGAGACAACCCUUUUGACCGUGUGGAGAACCCCAAAAGUCUUUUUGACAGAAUCGAGGCUCCAGGGAGCCGUAGCCGACGACGAAGUGAAAGUCCGAUGGAGGAGCUGGACGAAGAGCGAAGGAACCGACGCGCCCCACGACGGGGAGGCCCGAGAGACCGAAGGAGUGAUACCACUAAACCCCCUCCCGAAAAUAUUGAUCGAUAUGUCCCAGGCCAGCGUGACAGCCGAAGUUCUAGUCAUCGCGGAGGGCGGAGACCGGGUGAGCGGAGGGAACGGGCCGGUAGAGAUGGAGAAGGGCACAGAUUGGUGAAUGGCAGGCCUCGUAAGACCGCGGAAGAGCUCGAUGCCGAAAUGGAUGACUAUUGGGGGACUGCUAAUGCCCACGAUGAGACCCCCAACACUGCUCCAGUGGCGCAAGAAGCUCAGCCGCCGGUCGGAGAUGAUAUCGACAUGAUUGAGUAA